AUGGCGUUCCAGAAGCAGUUCCAGUCAAUAGUGAAUGGUUCAGUAACCGCUCCAACGGUCACGCCUAACCGUGCUGAGCCGGUUCAGCUUUACAACUCAAUGUUACAUACGGAUUUUACGAUAGGAUAUGCUGAAAGGCCGAUAAAAACCCUCAUUGUAGUAUGGAUGAAUAUCAUCAAGGCUACCGACAUUGUGCCGACGUAUAAUACCUCGCACCUGUCUGGUAAGGUGGUGGAAGUCGGCAGUGACGUGAAGGGCUACAAGGUGGGCGACGAGGUGUUUGCCAUGCCGUGGUUCGACGCCACCGGCACAUUCGCCGAGUAUAUCAACGUGGACACGAAGCGUGUGGCACACAAGCCGAGCAACAUGACGUUCAACGAGGCCGCGGGUGUGCCUCUUGCCGGUCAGACGAGCUGGCAAGGACUGGCGACGUACGGCAAACCCCAAAAGGGUCAGCGUGUGCUCAUCUUGGGCGGCAGCAGCGGCUCGGGUCUGUUCGCCAUCCAGAUAGCCAAGGCACUUGGUGCUGAGGUCGUUGCUACAUGCAGUCAUCGCAACGUGAAGCUGGUCAAGUCACUGGGUGCUGACCAGGUCAUCGACUACACGAAUGCCAAGUGGAGUGAGGUACGAGCCGAGCACUCGGUGGACCUCAUCUACGACUGCGGCGUGGAGUCUCAGUCGUGGAAUGACGCGGCACAGAAGGUGCUCAAAGAGCAGACCGGUAUCUUUGUGACCAUCGGCAUGAUCGACAAGCCGAUCGAGUCUCCCAUUGGCGCCACGCAGAAUCAGAUCUUCAACGCGCCAUGCACGGAGUAUCUACUGGAGCUGAAGAAGUUGAUUGAAGCCGGCCAGGUGAAGACCAUCAUCGACUCGGUGCACCCGUUGGAGAACCUGGUGGAGGCCAUGAAGAUCUGUAUGUCGUACCGUGCGAAAGGAAAGAUCAUCACUGAGGUGGCGAAGGAGUAG